AUGCGCUCCCUCAUUGCGCUGCUGGCCGCGGCGGCCCUCGUGUCUGCCGGCCCAUUCCCCAGAGACGACCAGAGCGACCUGGGCUACGCCUUUCUCUUCCAGCGCGAUGGCUGCGACGGCACGCCCUGCGGCUCCGACAGCCAGUACUGCUGCGACAGCACCGAGCUCUGCACCACGCUGAGCGGAAACGUCGCCACAUGCCUGGGCGGCUACGGCGCAUACACGAGCACCUGGACCGAGACGAGGACCUUCACCACCACCUACUUCACUCACUGGGCGCCCGUGCCCACGCCCACCGCCGGCGUCAAUUGCGUGCCGCAGGACUCCCAGCAGGCGGCCUGCGGGCCCAUUUGCUGCGCCGGAUGGCAGACGUGCGCCUUCCAGGGCCAGUGCUCGGCCAAGCCUGGCUACGCCGAGCCGACGCCCGUCGUCAUCGUCACCGACGGCCACACCACGACGCAGUUCUCUGCUCCCUACCGAGUCACCGGAACCACGACCAUUACUAGUGUUCAGACGGGCACUAACACGGGGGCCUCUGCCACGGCCACCGGCGACGGAGAGGCCAUUGGCGCCGGCAGCAAGACCACCAACGGCAACGGCCUCAGCCCCGGUGCCAUUGCCGGCAUUGUGAUUGGAACGCUGGUCGGCGUGGCCCUGCUGCUGCUUCUCUGCUUCUGCUGCAUCGCGCGCGGCCUCUGGGCUGCCAUCUUCGGCAAGCGACGCUCCAACGACAGCAGCGUCCGCGAGGAGGAAAUCAUCGAGGAGCGCUACUCCAAGGGCGGCAGCCGUGCAGCCUCUGCCUCGGCCUACUCUCGCCGCGAUCGCCACGGCGGCUGGUUUGGCGGCAGCAGCCGUCCGGCCACGUCGACCGUCGUCACGGAUCGUCGUGAGAAGCGGAAGAGCAGCAGCGGAGGUUGCUGGAAGUGGCUUGGAAUUGGAGCCGUGGCUGCGACUCUCUUUACGCUGCUUAACCUCAAGAAGGAUAAGCGGCCAAACUCUCGCAAGUCGCCCUCGCGGUACAGCAAUUCUUACUACAGCUAUUCCGACUAUACCCAGAGCAACACUGCCAGCUCCAGCACCGGUCAGCAAAGAUCGCGCAGCCGCCGCAGCAGAUCUAGUCGGGGCGGACGAUCACAAUCACAGCGAUACGCCAAGCGGCCAUAGUCUUGCCGCUCUUCUGGCUGCGACGUUUUGUACAUGAGCCUUACGACGCCUGUUUGUAUUCAUCUUGUUGCUUGUUCGACGUGAACAUAUUAAUCAGGCAAACGACUAUACCGUCUGGAAUCAGGCCUUGCUCCUUUUUGAUGGCCUCCCCUAAUUGAUUCUUCCCUCAUUUCCUUAUCUACAAUGGUCAUAUAUAUGGCGUUUGCGGCGCAGGAAGGCGACAUGUUAUGAGCAUCCUUUUGCUCAUAUAUAUUUGUCCGUUUUCUUUUGCUAAUUUACGAGUUUUUGCUUUUUUAUUCUGCGUGGAAUAUAGGUAUGCUUUGAGAAGAAGGCAUGAGAGAAAUAAGGAGACAAGAAAAAACAAGGAAUUGGUGCAAAUGGUGGUGAUGAUGAUGAAGCAUGAAAAGUACAUACUAUGAAAGACCAAGACGAAAUGAAUAUAAGAUGACUCUGAC